CAAUCAGAGAGGUUAUUAAGCUCUGUUAAAAAAAAAAAAGAUCACACGAAGCAUCUAUUACAGCUCUUCACAAUGAAGUUCCCUGUUAAACUCUUUUUAUUCGGGAGUUUCAUUGCGCUCCAGUGGAGUGGCCCUACUUUCAGAGAAGAGUCUCUGAAAGGCAUGAGGGUGCUUGUGACUGGUGCGAGCACUGGCAUCGGGGAGCAGGUGGCGUACCAUUAUGCCCGCAUGAGUGCUCAGAUUGUCAUCACAGCAAGAAGAGAACAUGUAUUAAAAGAGGUUGUAAAGAAGUGUCUGGAUCUGGGAGCUCAGAAAGCUCUGUAUAUUGCAGCGGACAUGGCUGAAAUGGCUGAUGCAGAGCGGGUGGUGGAGUUUGCUAAAGAGCAGCUUCACGAGCUGGACUACGUAGUACUUAAUCACAUCGGGCCGAGUCCAUAUGGGAUGUGGGAUGCUGAUGUGGAUCACGUUAAAUGGCUCAUGCAGGUGAAUUUCCACAGUUAUGUGAAAAUGGCUGUGAAAGCUUUACCAGUUCUGGAGAAGACUAAUGGAUCACUGAUUGUUGUCUCUUCCUUGUAUGGUAAAAUGUGUUUACCUUUUGGUCUACCGUAUGCCGCUACCAAAUUUGCCCUGAAUGGCUUCUUUGGGAGUCUCCAGCAUGAGCUGGCUAUGAAGCACAGCAACGUAUCUGUCACUAUCUGCACCCUGGGCCUCAUUGACACGGAGUCAGCUAUGGAAAAAAUCAAAAUAAUCUCCAUGAUCCCAACCAGUCUGGAUUCAAAGCAACACAUUCUACAGAGACUGCCCUUUUGGCAGUCACUGAGAAACUACAUACUGCUAGAUCAGCCAAGCUGUCAUCGGUCCUCAUCCUCCUUGACCUUACUGCAACAUUUGACACGGUUAACCACAAGACUCUCUUGUCCACCCUCAGGAGUCUUGGAAUUUGUGGAACAGCAUGGGAAUGGUUUGCUUCCUACCUGGAUGGUCGCUCAUAUCAGAGGCUACACUGACAUUCCUGCUUACCCUGCACAUGAGGCUGCGUAUCAGAUCAUCAAGGCUGGAGCACUUCGUGAGAGCGAGGCCUUCUACCCCUGGUACACCUUCUAUGCCUCACUCUUCAGAGAUUGGUUCCCUUACCACAGAGAUCAGGUCAUUAGGAAGGUUUUCAGAUACCAGCCAUAAUUCGGUGCUGGUCACUGGCACUUACAGACAACAUGGAGUGUUCAUUUGGUGCUCUGGAUAAACAUGAUAGAACACUGAUAAAGCACAGUGUGAGGAAUGUUUAAUGCUAAAUUAAGUUGCCUGUAAAUUAUUAUAAAUUUCUACAUGUAAAUGGUAUAGAAUAUAGAUGGUAUAAAUAUAUGUGUGCUGUGUUAUAAAAUAUUUUCAUCAGAUAUUGUAUUGUUGCCAUAUCUCCCCCAGCCACUGGUGAAGGCUCUGAUUAGUCAGGAGCUGAUUAACUGUCUGUAACAACGAUUUUGUUGUUCUUAUUAAGUUCACAAAAGUGAAGCUGAUGAGGGAAUGAUGGGAAUGAGGGAAUUGUUUACAUCUGCUGUAAGUGAGAAUCUUGUAUCAUGGACAUUCCAAAGCAUUAAGCAUGCAAUAACUCUAAACAGACAUAACUGUUAGAGUUGGAAAAAUGAUGUUUACUGAGAGAAAUAAAACACAUCAAAAUGUGUUUUAUACCAUGUGGUAACUCACUCUACUGUUGAUUAUUUUCUGAUCUUGUUUUCGUCCUUAUUUACAAUGUUCGGGAAAUCUUAAAUGGACUUAAAGUAUUUGAGCUCUUGGAAUCCACCAAUUUUAUGAGAUGAACUGAAUGUCUUUUCACAAUGUAAUAAGGCAUGUAACAGUUUCAAAUUAAAAUCUAUAACUGCCCGUAUUUGAUUGAGUAUCUGUUUUCAUUUCCCCAUCACAUAACAGUACACAUGAGUAGUAGAAAGAGUUUUUCAGGAUAUACCCAGAAUAUUAUGCCACUAUAUGAGGUAACAGGGAGGCUUGGUGGCACAGUGGUUAAUGUUGCCUCCACACAGCUACAGGUCCCCCCAGAUAAAAUCCUAAGGUUGCAUUACUAUUUA